AUGAAGAACCCAUUAGCCAUCAGUUUCGCCCACCAGGUGUUUGUGUUAAUUCCUCAAAGAUAUCGCCUACUUUCAUUAUUGGUUUAUGAGUUUUUUUGUGGCUUUUCUCCCCCCACCCCUUUCUCACAAUCCAUCUGUUAUAGAAAUCGACGGACUGGAACAUGGCUAGCAGCAGUGUCACAUCUAAUUGCACCAGGUUUAACUUACACACUAAUUGCACAUGUUGGAGUUUCGGUUGAACAUCCACAUCUCCAUCUCCAUGGCCAUGGCCAUGGCCAAGUUGAUGUCAUCGCCACCCUUAAACUUGAAUAUCAUGGAUCAGAAACAAAGUAUAUGCAAAUCAUAAGGACUUCUGUUUCCAAAGAGAGGUGGGAGAAGUUAGAGGGUACAUUUGUGUUGCCCGAGAAACCUGACCGAGUUGUGUUAUAUUUAGAAGGACCUGCCCCAGGAGUCAACAUUCUCAUAGAAUCGUUGGUGGUCACUUGUGCUACUUCUCAUGGUAUAGUUGAAAGAUAUGUUGUUAAAGAUGAAAACAUCAUAUUGAACCUUAACUUUGAACCAGUGGUUGAUUUGAUGUAG